AUGGCGAAAAUUUUUGUUUGUAUUUUGGCUCUGUCCGUUUUCUCGGCUCAUUGUGCUGUUAUUAAAGAUGAAGGUCACAAACGAGUAGAACGUUCACCAUGCAGCACAUGUGGUGGUCCCCCUGGACCUCCCCCUCCCCCUCCCCCGCCUCCUCCACCACCUCCUCCAUUCGCUCCACCAAUUGCGGGCCCACCUGUAUUCUACCACGCCACUCACUGGACGGGCUUAACUGAUGAUGGCCUUCAACGAGGAGUGUUCAGUGGAGCAGCGGCAGCCACCGGUGAUGCAGCUGAUGCCAACCAGGCUGCAGGAGAGGCUUUCUCAUUAGCCUCAAGUGGAGCAUCUGCACGAGGAGGAUUAGGACUACAAGAACAGUCUGCUGAUUUAAAUAAUGGGCAAUCAUCUGAAUUUUCUGGUGGAUAUGGAGUGAAAUCUACUGGUGGAUACGGAGCUGGCAGAUCGAUCGGUGGCUCUGCAUCUCACUCUUCUAGUAGUUCUAGUUCACAGUCAUCCGGAUCUGGUGCUCUGUCCUCUGCCAACUCUAAUGCUCAGAGUUCAGGUGGAUCAGACAGCCAAUCAUCAGCUAAUUCCAACGCUCAGUCCUCCGGCGGUUAUGGGGGCCACUCAGGAGGUUACGGUGGCCACUCUUCGGGAGGUUAUGGUGGAAAGGUUUCUGGAGGUUAUGGUGGCCAUUCUUCAGGAGGUUUUGAAAACCAAUUUUCCGGCUCUAACUCUCAAUCUUCAAGUGGAAACGGCGGCCAAUCAGGAGGCUAUGGCCAGCAAGUUUCUGGAGGCCAUGCCUCAGGAGGUUACGGUCAACAAUCAUCUUCUGGUUCUAAUUCACAAUCAUCCAGUGGAUACGGUGGCCACAGAGACGGAAUCAUUGAUGGCCAGUCCUCAGGAAAUUAUGAUGGUCAAGGAUCCGGCAGCUUCAAUGGUCAAUCUUCUGUAGGCUUCGGUGGCCAUGGAGAGAAAAAGAGCAGCUACCAAGAGUCUCACUACUCAUUCCAAAGUGGUGGUAAGAGUCAUGGUGGAUUCGAUUCACAAUCUGGAGGCCAAGGUUUUGGCGGCAAUGAUCAGCAAUCAUCUAGCAGUGCUGGAUCUGGCAGCGACGGUGGACAAAUCGACAAUAAACAGUUUGAAUAUGGAGGAAGCAGCCAUAAGGAAGGUAGUUCCUUUGGGAAUGGGCAGUCUUCUGGAUUUGGCUCUUCCAGUGGCAGUGGAGCUAGCUCUGGCUUUGGAGGCAGUGCUGGAUUUGGCUCAGGUGGUUCAAACGGGUUCGGAUCCGGCAGCUCCGGUGGUUACGGUGGAUACUCAAGGGGUUCUUCACAGGCAGCUCUCAAGGGCGCCUUGGAUCUGGCUGCCCAAGGCUUGCAGACUGCUGGACAACAGAAGGCACCAUGCAGUUCUUGUGGAAAGAGCAACUAUGCUUUAAGUAACGCUAAGAGCUGGAAUGGCAAUGCUGUCGCUCUUUCUGUAAGCGGAUAGACAGUACCUGAUUUCGUGUUAUAAAAUC